UUAAUCCUUUGUGUUCAUGGAGAUGAAAUUGUUGACUUCUGCGGUGGAAUGGGUAUACACUCAUUUAAAGUUCUCGGACGUGGCUUUAGCCCUAACAGGGCUUUUUCUUCUUAGUUACUUGCGUGAGAAGUUACUGAGCAAAGGCGGGCCAGUGAUGUGGCCAGUGUUGGGAAUGGCACCCACGUUAGCCUUGAACAUAGACGAUCUGCUUGGUUGGUGCACGAGAAGCCUGGUCAGAGCCGGUGGGACGUUUCAUUACAGGGGAGUUUGGUUCGGUGGGUGUUACGGUAUCUUGACCGCAAAUCCUGCAAACAUCGAACACAUUCUCAAAACAAAUUUCAAAAACUAUCCGAAGGGGGAGUACUAUAGAGAGAGGUUUCGUGAGCUUCUUGAAGAUGGGAUCUUCAACGCUGAUGACGAGCUUUGGAAGGAAGAGAGACGUGUGGCUAAAACUGAGAUGCAUUCUUCACGUUUCUUGGAGCACACGUUUACUACGAUGAGAGAUCUUGUGGAGCUGAAGCUGGUGAAACUGAUGGAGAAGAUGGCUACUUCGAAGAGAGUCUUUGAUCUGCAAGACAUGCUCGUUCGUUUCACCUUCGACAACAUAUGUAUGUCUGCCUUUGGGGUUGAUCCAGGAUCGUUAGGGGUGGACUUACCGGAAAUUCCUUUUGCUAAGGCUUUUGAGGAAGCUACAGAGUAUACGCUCGCUAGGUUUCUGAUGCCUCCUUUUGUGUGGAAGCCAAUGAGGUUUCUAGGGAUUGGGUCUGAGAGAAAGCUGAAAAAAGCGGUUAUAGUUGUUCACGCGUUUGCUAACAAGAUAGUGAGAGAGAGGAGGAACAAGAUGAGGAAACUAAGGAGUUUGAACGAUCCAUCUGAUCUCUUGUCACGCCUUAUGCAGGGAGAGUACGAGAAAGAAGAAGGGAACUACUUUUCCGACAAGUACUUCAGAGAGUUCAUCACAAGUCUCAUCAUCGCGGGCCGAGACACCACAUCGGUGGCUCUGGUCUGGUUCUUCCGGCUAGUUCAUAAUCAUCCCCAAGUCGAGAAGAGAAUCCUAAGCGAAAUUAAAGAGAUCCGUGGGAAACUUGCGUCUCAAGUAAUUAAUGAACCGUUCAAUGCGGAAGAGCUUAACGAAAUGGUGUAUCUGCAAGCUGCCUUGACAGAGUCACUGAGGCUUUACCCUUCAGUGCCAAUUGAGAUGAAACAAGCUUUGGAAGACGACGUAUUACCUGAUGGGACAAGGGUAAAGAAAGGCGCUAGGGUUUUCUUCUCCAUCUUCUCAAUGGGGAGAAUAGAAUCGAUUUGGGGGAAAGAUUGGGAAGAGUUCAAACCAGAGAGAUGGAUCAAAGAAGGAAAGAUUGUUAGUGGAGAUCAGUUCAAGUACGUUGUGUUCAAUGCAGGUCCAAGACUUUGUGUUGGCAAGAAGUUUGCUUACACACAGAUGAAAAUGGUGGCUGCAGCAAUCUUGGUGAGGUAUAAGGUCAAAGUUGUGGAAGGGCAGACUGUUGUUCCCAAACUUACCACCACGUUGUACACCAAGAACGGUCUGCUUGUUACCCUCCAGGAUCGCGACGGGUAA